AAUUCCAAGAAGUGGCCGUUGAGAGGCGAGCGAGAUGGCGACCGUCGAUGAGACAGGGAGUGAGGCGGCGGAGGCUCCUGCGGAGACCGCAGACCUGGCCGCUCCGCAAGAAAAGGAGCAGAAGCUGGAAAGGGAACGGGAGCGGAGCAGCAACUUCCUGCGGGGCCUUGAGCUGAUGAAGCAGGGGGCAGAAGCGCGCGUGUACCGCGGCCGCUUCCUGGGCCGAGCAGCGGUGAUCAAGGAGCGCUUUCCGAAGCGCUACCGUCACCCUACCCUGGACACGCGGCUGAGCCGGCGACGUACAGUGCAAGAGGCUCGGGCCCUGCUGCGCUGCCGCCGCGCCGGGAUAUUAGCUCCAAUUGUCUUUUUUGUGGACUAUGCCUCCAAUUGCUUAUACUUGGAAGAUAUUGAAGAAUCCUUGACUGUCAGGGACUAUAUUCAAUCAAUUCAGAAGACUGAAACAGAUCCUGAAAAACUCUCCCUCUUAGCAAGAAAGAUUGGGAAGGUUCUGGCACAAAUGCAUGAUGAAGAUGUUAUUCAUGGAGAUCUCACCACCUCAAACAUGCUUCUGAAGCUGCCUAUUGAACAACUGAACCUGGUACUCAUAGACUUUGGGCUCAGUUUUAUUUCUGCCCUUCCUGAAGAUAAAGGUGUAGACCUAUAUGUUCUAGAAAAGGCCUUCCUUAGCACACAUCCCAACACCGAGACACUGUACCAGGACCUUCUAAAAAGUUACUCGUCAGAAUCCAAAAAGUCAGGCCCUGUGCUAAAAAAGUUAGAUGAGGUACGCCUGAGAGGAAGGAAGCGGUCUAUGGUUGGGUAGGAGAAGAUUCUGUGGUUGCACCAUACAAUUUUUUUCCCAAUAAAAUUUCCAGAGAGGCUACCAAAA